CCCUACGUCAUGUCAUCGAUUUAGUAAGAUUUUCGUGAAUUUGACCAGUUCUCUGAUUUGGGUUUUAGGUGGGCAUACGUAUCCGUACCUACGCCUCAUGACUACUGUUUCAAAACCAUACUCUCAUCACAACAGUUCUUGACACUCACCAAAGACUUGCUUUACACUUCAACUCUCAGUUACAUUGUCAUAUCCCGCUGCAACGGCAAACAAUGGCAAAUAUCACCUAUGCUAUCCUAGCAAUCCUGCCGCUUGUCGCUUGGUAUCUCUACGUCCAAGCUCGACGCUGGCGCUUCAAGAAAUAUGCACAUAUUCCCCACCUACCCUCGUCCUUCGCUCUGGGCCACCUCAAGUUCAUUGCUGAAGGCUUCAAAAAACUUGGCGAUAGCAGGCGCCACGGAGAUUAUGUAUUCGGCGACAUGAUAAAGGCCGCCGGCAACCCACAGAUAUUGAUGGUCGAUCUCCGUCCCGUUAACUAUGCCAUGGUUCUGGUGGCUUCCCAUGAUAUUGCAGAGCAGAUCACGCGGACCUCGAAGUUGUAUCCGUAUAGUGUGACGAAGUCGCCGACAAUACAGAUUUCGUACCAGCACUUAGUUGGAGCCAAGUCUAUUCUUACACUUGAGGGGGAGGAGUGGAAGACAUUCCGCAAGAGGUUCAACCUUGGAUUCGCACCACAACAUCUCCUUACUCUCCUUCCCCAGAUUGUGAAGAAGACGUCGGACUUCAUGUCGAGGCUCGACAGCCUGGCAGAGUCGGGUGUUGAGUUUGACAUGGAACCUCUCUGCACCGACUUAACUUUCGACAUCAUCGGUGCCAUUGUCAUGAACGUCGAUUUUGAGGCCCAAGGUGAACAUAUUCGCAGUAACAACAUUGUGAAACACUACCGAAAUCUUAUAGAGACGUUCUCCGACACUGGUCGCCUCUGGCUGUGGCUGAAUGUGCCUAUCCGGAUCCGCCGGAUCAUCGCAUCCAUGCAAGCGGAUCGUGCGAUUAAGAAGGCGGUGAAGCAGCAAUUUGCAGAAAUCAAAGCGGCACAGCGCAAAGCUACGAAACAGACCAAAGAUCGCUCUGUGCUUGCGCUUGCUCUAGAGGAUAUCGAUGUAUUAACGAGCGAUACCCUCCAGAGCAUAACUGAUCAGGUUAAAACUUUCCUAUUUGCAGGACAUGAUACCACUUCGAUCCUCUUGCAGAGGCUGUUCUAUGUACUCUCCAUUCAUCCAAAAUGCCUUGCCACUCUUCGCGCUGAACACGAUGCAAUAUUCGGGGACGCGGACCCUCAAGAAGUCUUCCUCGCUAGGCCAGACGAAACAAUCAGAGCACUCUCUUACACCUCCGCCUGCAUAAAGGAAGCUUUGCGCCUGUGGCCUCCAGCCGGAACCGCAAGGCGAGCAGAACCUGGGUCAGGCUUCAAAGUGCGGCUGGAGAACGGAGAAGAAGUCUGUCUUGAUGGAGCAGUACUCUAUCUCUGCCAAUAUCUAAUCCAACGUGAUCCCAAAGUCUACGGUGAAACAGCCAACCAGUUCAUUCCUGAGCGCUGGCUUGGAGACACGGAUACCAGUGCCGCGAACAAGGACGAAGCGGGCCACGAGGCUGGAGAGAGUAAGAUUCCUAUCAGUGCUUGGAGAGCAUUCGAGCGAGGACCAAGGAACUGUAUUGGCCAGGAACUGGCAAAUUUGGAAGCUCGGGUUAUUCUGGCUUGUGUGAUAAGGAGGUAUGAUUUCAUUAAGGUUGGAGCUGGGGCGAUUAAGGUUGAUGAGAAAGGGGAGCCGGUGAUGGAUAUAAAGGGGGUGUAUGAGACUACUUCGGAAUUGUUUAGUUCGAUGCAGGUGACCUCGAAGCCGUUUGAUAAGACUCGGAUGCGCAUCAAGAUGCAUCAUAAAGAUAAUUGA